CACAACAAAUAUGAGCGAGGGAGAAGCGAAUGACUUGAUCAAUAUCCACUGGUUUUAGGAAACAGGCGUGUGCUAUAUUACACUUCAAAAUAAAAAUGGGGAAGAAAGUGAAGAAGGAUGAAAAGGCUGCUCCAGAUGAUGUUUUUGAUGCCUUACAGGUGGAGAGCAGACAAGCUGCUACAGCUGUGCUGAUGUUAGACAGUCCUGAGGAAGAUGUACUCAGCAAAGCAUGUGAAUCUAUUUACAAGUUCGCUGAGAAAUGUGAUGAUAACAAAAAGAAUCUUUUGGACCUUGGUGCAGUUGACAGCUUAUUAAAACUCAUCCAGCACGAGGACCGAAUUGUGCGGAGAAAUGCAUGCUCAGCCUUUAGUGUGCUCACUGCUCAUCCUGAAGUUCGCAAAGUUUUACGGAAAGAAGAAUCUGCAAUUCCAUCUAUUAUAAAUCUUUUGGCCCCUGAAGAGGAGACAUUGGUCCAUGAGUUUGCUGCCCUAGCCUUGUCCUCCCUGGCCACUGAGUUUAGUACGACUGUGUCUAUCUGGGAGUGUGGUGGGGUUGAGCCUUUAGUCCGAUGUUUAGGAUCCCCUGACCCUGAUGUCCAGAAGAAUGCUAUUGAGGCUCUGGCAAAAUUAUUACUUGACUUUCAGACGCGAUCGGCUCUGAGGGAAUACGACGGCUUACGACCAAUCUUAGAACUGCUGAAGUCAGAGUUUGCUGUUAUCCAACAGUUGGCUCUGCUGGCCUUAGACAGGGCUGCUCAAGAUGCUGAAAACCGCUCUUUAAUACGAGAACUGGAAGGUGUGUCGAGACUGAUUGACUUUGUGGCUCACCCAGAGUGGAAUGACUUACAUGUCCAGGCUGUUAUGGUCUUGUCUAGCCUUUUGGAAGAUACAGAAAGUUUGGAGGUAUUGAAAGAAACGGGUGGUUUGAAGAAAUUAGUAAAUUUGAUCACAGAUAAGGCAGCAAUGGAUGAAGAAGCUAAAGCUAAAGGAGGUGGUGCAGAGAAGAAAGGAGGCUCUAGAGCUGCCAAGAGGAGUGCUAAGGGCGAUGGAAAGAAGAAAGAUGAAGAGAGUCAUGAUAAUCCAUUUGGAGAAAGCAUUGUGCCAACGUUACCUGAUGUAAAAAUGUGCACAGCCAAAGCAAUUGCCAGAUCAGCAAAGAAUGCGGAGAAUCGUAAGAUCUUGCAUGAGCAGGAGACAGAGAAGAUGUUGAUACACCUGUUGUCACAUGAGAAUGCCGAUGUGAUAGCAGCCGCUGCUCAGGCCUUGGCUAUCAUGUGUGAAAACCUCCUCAGUAGAGACGCCAUCAGGGAGUGGGAGGGCUUUCCCCCACUGAUAAAGCUCCUGCACCAUGACCAGUGCUGUGUGAAGGAAGCGGUAACCCUGACCCUGGCUAACCUCACCACAGGAAACAAUAUUAAUGCCAGUGAGGUGGUCAGUUUGAAUGGACUUGAACCUCUGAUCUCUCUGUUGGGUGACGGUCAUGACAGCACUGUGGCAAACGUGGCCUGUGUAUUGACCAACCUGGCUCAGGACGAGACCAACAGGGCCGAGGCUCAGGCUAAAGGCGUGGUCACAGCACUCAUCCCUCCUCUGAAAACCAGCUCUACCACAGUCCAGGCCAAAGCAGCUCUAGGGUUGGCAGCCUAUGUUUGUGACACAGAUUCCAGAACGGCGCUGCGUGAAGCGGGUGGCCUGGAACCACUGGUCGCUCUGCUUACCUCCUGUGACGAUGAAGUGAGGAGGAACUCAGCCUGGGCGGUUAGUGUAUGUGCUGUGGACGAACCCACCGCUGCAGAGAUCUGUCGACUUGGUGGCAUGGCAACACUACAGGAGAUCCAGCUAUCCACAACAAGACAAAAUGCUUUUGCUGCAGUGGCCCUAGAAAAACUCCUGGACAACAAUCUGUCUGCCAAAUAUGCACUCACAGGAAGACUAAGUGCAGCCAAUGGGAUCAGUAAUGGCUUCUAUGAUGCGGGUCAGCUGAGGCCAGGCUCUAAGUUCCUUCCUCUUGAAGAGUAUGGCAAACAAGAGUUGAAUGAGAAACUCGCUGUUCUACUUGUUAAUGCACUACCUAACCCAUCCACAUUACAACAGCAGUCAGACCUGGAGCUUAAAACAGAUGCUUCAAAAACCAGCAUAUCUGGCAAGUCCUCUAGAACAGGAAGGGAGUCCAAAACUAAAACCAAAGCCCAGAGAGAGCGUGAGGAGAAGCAGAAGGAGGAGGAACUACAGGCUCAGCUUCAGAAGGAGAUGGAGAGUGAGGACAAGCCUUACAGUCCUCCCCCAGACCCCAGUCUUCUCAAGUACAUAGAAGAAGUGGUGGCCAAGAUACAGCCCAUACCCUCGCUCAGGCAGCAAGUACAGGUCCUGGCACAGUAUGUAUCUGAGAAAUUAGGAGGUGCCAUUGAGAGGGGUCAGGUCUCUAACUUCAGCUGGGAACUUCCCAUGAGCCAAGUCAAAUUUGAGCUGAAAUCAAAUGUGGUUCCAAUAGGGAAGAUCAAAGCUGGAAUCCACGUUCACAGGGCUCUGCUGUUCAAGGUACUGGCAGACAAGAUAGCCCUACCAUGUACACUGGUGAGAGGGGAGUACUACCGGGCCUGGAAUGAGGUGCUGUUGCCAACUGAACCCGAAACACCCUCGGAUCCGGUGUUUCCUCCCAAAUGGUAUGUGGUGGACCUGGUACAUAACCCUGGAGGCCUUUUACUCGCUGACUCAAUUGAAGCCACAAACUACCAGAAGCUGUAACCAAGACUGCCUCACUCACUGCUUAUCACUUUGUGGCAGUUGGUGAAGAACUCAAUCCGUGAUAUCAGGAUGUCUUCAGUGAUGGACAAGGAAUCAUAAAACAACGUUAUGUGCAAAUAUCAUCAGCUGUGUUGUGUAACGUCCAGUUUACUCCACUUCAUCAUUUGAAUUUCCAGCAAAUGUUUUUUUCAUUAAAUUCUGUUUGUAUCCGUGAAAAUUAAAUUGUACCUGUGACAUUUUUUGCUUGGUUUACAAAUGAAUUCAUACUGUAGAAUUAAAUAGCAAAAUCUUAUGGCAGUCAUCUUGAUUUUUUUCACCAUUUGCUAACGUACAAUAGAUGACCUAUAAGAAACACAAAGAUGGCCGUCAUGAGCACAUUCAGUCUUGAGGUUGUAUUUAAUCCUACACAUCCUUCCUUCACAAACGCUCCGUCCAACCAUUUUGGGCAUUUUUUGUCUUUAUUCCCACCAAAUAGUGUUUCAUUUACUGAAGGUUGUGUAUUAAAGUUAUUCUAUAUUUUUCAUAUAAAUUUGUAUAUAUUUGUUAUUUGUUAUAAGUUACAAGCGUAAAGCUGUCAUUUUGACCUACACAUUAAAAUGUUGCUAGAGGUGUUGUAUUCCAGUUUUGUCCAAGAAACCCAAAAUCAUGGAGAGAUUUUUAGUUGCAGGCUUGUGUCAUUCCAUACACCUACUCAUAUCAUUUGCUGUUAUUUAUUUUAAAUGUGGAGUGUCAAACUGGCUUAUUCUUCACAAUCAUUGUUUUUGUUCUUGGAAACACAUAUGGAUAUAAACUGCUUUAAAAAAAAUCAAAGUUAAAGAUUCCUUGUGUCUAAUGCCUUGUAAUGUGAAAAAAGUGUCUUCAUGCCUGUGGUUGAGAGAUGUGACUGUGAUAUGUACAUAAAU